CUGACUUUACGAUUGAACGAUCUUCUGACUCUUCCCUGUGUUUGUGAAUCGGUCCCGAGCGUCCAGAAACUAGCCGUCCCCCUCCCCAUCAGUAUCUGCACUCCGAUAUAAGACGACACACACGCACCCUAACAGACAGGGAGAGAGCGCAUGUGCGAGGGAGAAUCGCACACAGUCCACUGCCUGCAGUGCGGCAGAAGGGCUCAAAAAGGUGGCCCUUUACCGCACCACAGAAGCGCACACACACACACACACACACGCCCAGACGAUUGUGGUCCAGCUCGCCACACACGUACACGCCAAAAAGAGAUAGAUGACCUACAGCGACAAAAUGUGACGCCAAAACGUCAAAACUGCCCCUGGAUCGGAUCCACCACUACCGACUGACUGACUGACUGACUGAGUUACUGCAUGGAAGGCUCGAGAGGGUCGAAAAAGGGAUCCUCUCGGCUCCCACACACGCAUGUACCCUCACGUACUCGACACAUAGGCCUUAAGCCGCUCAGCUCACCAAUUCAGCUUGCCCCCACAUGCCCCUUCCUGCUGCUGCUGGGUGCCGCACUUGCCGCCAUCCUCGCCGAAGGUAUCGAGGAUCUUGGGCGACCCGCCGCCGCUCUGGGGAUUGGACUCGCCACCCGUCACGCGCCACCUGGACACACAGAAGUGGACAGCACACGUACGUGUGUUUGUUGUAUGCUGGCUGACUGACGCACCUUGAUGUAGCGAGCGCCUUGUCGAGCUCCUGUGUGGGCGGCAGGUGUAGCGACACACGACCACCCUGCACACAGGCACACAGACAGGUUCGCUGGUUGCAUUGACGACCACAUGCAGUGUAUCUCUGUUCUCACGUCGAUCUUGACAUCGAAGGCAGCGAUUUUGUAUGGGUCGCCGGAAAGGCACGCGCCCGUCUCGAGUGAGAAGGUCUUCUUGUGGAAGGGACACGCCACCUUCGGCUCGCCCUGGUGCUCACCUUCACACAGACAGACAGACAGUGUCCGGCAGAUGUGUUCAACGAUUGCUUGCGCACCGAUGAGUCCCCUGGAGAGCACGAAUGCGCGUUUGUGCGGGCACAUAUUCUGUGUGGCGAACCACCGGUCGCCCUCAUCGCCCUUGCUGACCCGAAACACCGCCAGCUGCGUGUCGCCCACCUUCACCGCAGCACCUGACACAGCCAGCCACCAAUGUACACCAAUCCGAUGCGUGGGCGGUUGUGUGUGCUCAUGCCGACCUCCAUUGAGGGGGAAGUCGUCCACGGUGCCGACGUCGGUCCACUGCCACUGCUUGACGUCGGUCGAGGUGUCUUUGGAUACCUCGGCCUCCCACGGGCCCGUCUCUGGCCAUGGGACGGGGUAGCUCUGGCCGCGAACGGACUGAUCGGACAUGCCUGAAGAUAGUGACAGCACACGUGUUCGCACGGAAGUCGGCUGUUUGUUUUGUGCUGACCUUGGUCCUUGUCUGUGGUGUUGGCGAACUGCGAGAAGCGGGCCCUGAGCUUGGGAUUGUCGACCACCUCUUUCCACUCGCACUUGUACGUAUCACUGCAAUCAAUGCAUGGAAGGCGUGAUAGACAGACAAGUGGGUGGAUGCUCUCGUCCACCCUAUCUUCCGAGCUCACGUACAUGACGUAUUCCAUGCGCUGUUCCAGCUCCUCGGCGAGCCCAAGUUUGUCGUCAAUGACCACCUGCUUGAGGUGAUCGAGGCCGCCCUCCAGAUUCUCCAGCCACGGCGCCGUCCGCUGCAACGGGUCAGCCUGGCCAGCACCACACACAGAGGUAGAGGGAUGAACGAGAGGUGGGUGGGUGUGGGCAUCUAUCUGCUGUACUGACCGACCGUGUAGAUGUAGAACAUGAGAAAGCGGUCGAGGUACUUGAUGGCCGUGGCCUCGUCCACAUCACUCGCCAGGAGCUUCGCGUGGGCAGGACGGGCGCCGCCGUUGCCACAUACGUACAGAUUGUACCUGCUCACACACACACACGGAGAGAGAGAGAGAGAUGCACACACGAGAGAUCGACAGUGUGGAUGAAGGCACGCACCCUUUGUCAGUGGCGAUGAGUCCGAAGUCCUUGCCCUGCGCCUCCGCACACUCCCUCACGCACCCACUCACGCCGCCCUUGAGCUUGUGUGGGGACCGCAGACCCUUGUACCGAUUCUCGAGCAAAAUGGCCUUUAGCACACAGACGGAGAAAGGGUCCAUGCCAUCAAUGCUGCUGAUAUGGGGUGCCCAUCCAUCCAUGCCCCUCCCUCCCUCCCUCCCUUACCAUUCCGACAGAGUCCUGCUGGCCAUAUCGGCACCAGGUCGACCCCACGCAGCUCUUGACCGUCCUCAGCGACUUGGCAUAUGCAUGGCCGCUCUCGAACCCCGCAUCCACGAGCUCCUCCCAUAUCUGCGGCAGGUCCUGCACCGCCGCCCCGAACAGGUCGAUUCUCUGGCCACCGGUGAUCUUGGUGUACAGGCCGUACUUGACGCCCACAUCAGCAAUGACACGGAGGCCCGCUGGCGUGAUCUCUCCCCCCGGGAUGCGUGGGAUGACGCUGUAGGUGCCCGACCGCUGGAUGUUGGCCAGGAACCGGUCGUUGGUGUCCUGCAGAACGUCGCGGCUGCUCGCGAGGAUGUGCUCGUUCCACAGCGAUGCCAGGAUGGAGGCAAUGGCUGGCUUGCACGUCUCGCAACCCUGGACAUCGCAGCGAUGGGAUGACUUAUGCGACUGAUGUGUUGCUGUUUUCGCGUUUCACUCACCUUGGGGUCGCCUUUGCCGACGUGGUCGAAGAUCUCCUUGUACGAUUUGAGCCCCUUGAUCUUAACGACGUCGAACAGCUGCUUCCUGGUCAGCGGGAAGUGAGAACAGAUGCCGCUGAACGCAUCCUUACCUGACGGGUGGCACAUGCACAGUAAAAUCUUGACGCACGAAUAUCCUCUCUCCCUCGUCCACGCACCCAUUUUCUUGAGGGCGUCGGCAAGGAUCUUCUUUACGGGGCCGGUGACAAUGCAUCCGCCGCACCCCGUGCCGCACUUGGUGGUCUUCUUGAGCUGCUCCAGAGUGCUCACACCCUUGUCCUUCACUGCCGAAUCGAUGUCGCCCUUGGUGAUGCCGAAACAGGUGCACACCACAUCAGCGUCGUCCAACCUGACACAGAGUGCAGAGAGUGCUCACCCACAUCGUACUGACUGGUGUCCAUUCGCCCUUCCCCAUUGCACUCUCUCUCUCCCUCUCUCUCUCUCCCUGUGUGUGUGUGUGUCCGUUGGCCCACCCGCCAUCGGUCUUCUUCUCUCCCGCCCCUCCAAAGCCCAUGAGCUCGGCUGGCGACUUGCCGUUGAGGUGACCCCUCUUGGCUGCCGACAGCAGCCGUGUGUAGUCGGACACAUCGCCCACGAGCAUGCCACCGAGCAGGAAAUCUCCUGUCGGGUUGAAGACGAGCUUCUUGUAGUGCCCAAGGAAGGGAUCCGCCUGCGUGAGGGAGACGGCCUGCCGCGAGAACAGACAGACGGGACAGCGAAGAGAGAUACACAUGGCCGAUAGGGAGCCUUGUUGGUUGGUGUGUGUGUUGGCGUACCUUUGUGGCGUCAUCAGUCUUGAACUGGUUCUUGAACCAGAAGUCAUCUGAGUGGCCGAACGACGCCACGUCGACACCAAGCAGCUUGAGCUUAGUCGACAAAUCAGACCCUGCACAAACCACAGAAGCAGUGUUGCAGCAUAUGUGAUCGAGCCACUGCCGUCCUCUACCUGUGUAAGCGGCAUCGGGGUUCACGCCGGUCAGGUUCGACACGAGAACCUUGCUCAUUUCCCAGCCUGGCGCGACCAAACCAUACGUCAUCUUGCCCCUGACACACAAAACAGACACACGAGGAGCGGUGUCAUGCAACGCCGUAGAGACCCUGCUCUCUGCUGCGGCGAAUACCUGUGUGAUGCGACCUCUCCGAUGGCAUAGAUGUCGGGGUCACUGGUCCGCAUGUGGUCGUCCACCUUGAUGCCGCCCUGCGCACCCAACUCGAUACCACAGUUACGACCCAACUCGUCGCGCGGCCUGCAAGGGAACAGAAGAUCGCUUGCAUGGAAAGAAGGGCCUUUCUGUGAGGAGAGUGACAGACCUGAUUCCCGCACAAACGACGAGCAUGUCACACUCGAACUCCCACAUCUCUCCAGAGGCCUUGUUCUUGAGCCUCAGGCCACGAAGACUGCCCCCGUCGUCAAGGAGAAGGUCCUGGGUGCGCCAGUUGAGCUCAACGUGGAUGCCCAGCCCUACAGCAACACGACGGACAGGGAUGGACAGCACUUUCAUCUCUGCUUGCCUUGCCUCCCUGCCCGUCUUACGUUUGAUCAUAUCGACGAGCAUCUUGCCUCCCGUGGCAUCGAGUUGCCUGGGCAUGAGGUAGGGAUUGUGUUCCAUGACGUGGGUCUCCACCCGCAUGUCAUACAGCGCCUUGGCGGCCUCCAGUCCCAGCAGCCCCCCUCCGAUGGCCGCCGCCCUGCGCACCCUCCCUGACUUGAUGUACUCGACAAUCGCCUCUGUAUCGUCCAGCGUUCGGUAGACAAACAGACCCUUCGCACACCUGAACACACAAACAAGGGCAAGCAACACAUGGGAGUGUGUGACAUCCGAGGUGGUCUGGGCGUGCUCACUGGUCGAGGUUUCCGAGUGCAGGGACGAACGCGUAAGAUCCAGUGGCGAGAACGAGCUUGUCGUAUGCGAUAUAGCGCCCGUCGCUGGUCUCGACGGUGUGGGCCUCACGGUUGACCUUGACGGCGCGGCAGCUGAUGUGGAAGGCCACAUUGUGCUCGCCGAACCAAGAAGAGCCGCAAAGGGACAGCUGAUCUGGGUCGUGAUGCUUGAAAUAUGACGUAAGCUGCACGCCUACGCACACACACACACACACACACACACAGGCAGCACAGGGAUUGUCUUGGUAGACCUAUGAUCUGCCCUGCCCUUGUCUGCUUACGAUUGUAUGCGUGCCGUUUCUCUUCACAGAUGGAUGUCAGCUGAAACCUCUUCUCGCUGUCCAGCUCCAGCACAUCCUCAAGGAACCUGUGGCCAACCGGCCCAUUGCCAACUAUCACAACCCGCACAGGCGGACUGAGAGAUGAUGAAUCAGCAGAGGUGGCGUGAGGCGCCAUUGAUGGCAGAUCUUGAGCAGAUCUCUCGCCAAGAACAAGCUAAGUGAGCAGACGCAGGCACCGUCGGCUAGAAGCGCAUGAGGCAGUCGCGACAAAAAGAAGCUCAAAGCUCAAA